UGUCACCCCCACUGUCCCCGCGGUGGUGGCAGUGUCACCCCCACUGUCCCCGCAGCACCGCCUUCUCCCGGCCGUGGCCACCAAGCCCUCCCAGCUGUGUCCCUUGCGGUGCCCGGGGGUGACAAGUGACACGCCGCCGCGGUGGCCCGCGGGCUGGGCACGGCCCGAGCCGCCCGUGCCAGCUCCGAGCCCGUCCUGUUCCCUGUCCCCUCCCAGUGCCACUUGUCGCCGCCACCUCCCGGCCCCCCCCUCACCUCCGCACGCCGCCAUGGCCACCGCCACCUGCCCGGGGUGGCCCCCGGGGCCACCGCUGGCCCCUGGCGCCGCUGCCACCGGCGGCUGCAGGCGACAAACAAACAUCCGCCGGCCGCGGGGUCACCGCGGCGCCGCCCGCCCGCGUUCCUGUCCCGCUGCGUGGCCGGGGCCACCCCCGGACACGGCGCCACGGCCGCCCCGGGCCACCAGGGCCACCUGGCCGCAGAUCCCUCCAUCCAACCCACCGGACCUACAGACUCCAGGACAGAUGGCGGACGCGGUGCUGGCGGCUCUGGGCGCGGCGGCGCCGUUCCUGCGGCCGGGCGAGCGCGAGCGCCUGGCGGCCACCACGCGUCCCUUCGACCCCCGCGCCGAGUGCUUCGUCCCCCACCCGGGACACGAGUUCGUGCGGGGACGCGUGGUGGAGAGACAAGGGGGCAGCGUCACCGUGGAGACCGAGCUGGGAGAGACGGUGACGGUCAAGGAGGGGGACGUGCACCAGCAGAACCCGCCCAAGUUCGACAAGAUCGAGGACAUGGCCAUGCUGACCUUCCUGCACGAGCCCGCCGUGCUCUUCAACCUCAAGGAGCGCUACGCGGCCUGGAUGAUCUACACCUACUCGGGGCUGUUCUGUGUCACCGUGAACCCCUACAAGUGGCUCCCGGUCUACGACCCCCAAGUGGUGGCCGCCUACCGGGGCAAGAAGCGCAACGAGGUCCCCCCGCACAUCUUCUCCAUCUCCGACAACGCCUACCAGUACAUGCUGACAGACCGCGAGAACCAAUCCAUCCUCAUCACCGGCGAAUCAGGGGCGGGGAAAACGGUGAACACCAAACGCGUCAUCCAAUACUUCGCCAGCAUCGCCGCCAUCGGCGACCGCAAGAAGGAGGCGGCCAAUAGCAACAAGGGCACCCUGGAGGAUCAAAUCAUCCAGGCCAACCCCGCGCUUGAGGCCUUCGGCAAUGCCAAGACCGUGCGCAACGACAACUCCUCGCGAUUCGGGAAGUUCAUCCGGAUCCACUUCGGGGCCACUGGGAAGUUGGCGUCGGCCGACAUCGAGACCUACCUCCUGGAGAAGUCCCGUGUCAUCUUCCAGCUGAAGGCUGAGCGGAACUACCACAUCUUCUACCAGAUCCUCUCCAACAAGAAGCCGGAGCUUCUGGAGAUGCUGCUGGUCACCUCCAACCCCUACGACUACGGGUACGUGUCCCAGGGCGAGGUGACCGUGGCCUCCAUCGACGACGCCGAGGAGCUGUUGGCAACCGACAGCGCCUUUGACGUCCUGGGCUUCACGGCCGAGGAGAAGGCCGGUGUCUACAAGCUGACGGGGGCCAUCAUGCACUUCGGCAACAUGAAGUUCAAGCAGAAGCAGAGGGAGGAGCAGGCGGAGCCGGACGGCACCGAAGAUGCCGACAAGUCCGCCUACCUGAUGGGGCUGAACUCGGCUGACCUGCUCAAGGGCUUGUGUCACCCACGCGUCAAGGUGGGCAACGAGUACGUCACCAAGGGGCAGAGCGUCCAGCAGGUCUACUACUCCAUCGGGGCCUUGGCCAAGGCUGUCUACGAGAAGAUGUUCAACUGGAUGGUGGUGAGGAUCAACAACUCGCUGGACACCAAGCAGCCGCGGCAGUACUUCAUCGGCGUCUUGGACAUCGCGGGCUUCGAGAUCUUUGACUUCAACAGCUUCGAGCAGCUCUGCAUCAACUUCACCAACGAGAAGCUGCAGCAGUUCUUCAACCACCACAUGUUCGUGCUGGAGCAGGAGGAGUACAAGAAGGAGGGCAUCGAGUGGGAGUUCAUCGACUUCGGCAUGGACCUGCAGGCCUGCAUCGACCUCAUCGAGAAGCCCAUGGGGAUCAUGUCCAUCCUGGAGGAGGAGUGCAUGUUCCCCAAGGCCUCGGACAUGACCUUCAAGUCCAAACUCUACGACAACCACCUGGGCAAGUCGGCCAACUUCGGGAAGCCACGGAACGUCAAGGGCAAGUCCGAGGCCCACUUCUCGCUCACCCACUACGCCGGCACCGUGGACUACAACAUCCUGGGCUGGCUGGAGAAGAACAAGGACCCCCUCAACGAGACGGUGGUGGGGCUCUACCAGAAAUCCGCCCUCAAGCUCUUGGCCCACCUCUUCUCCAACUACGCCGGGGCAGACUCUGGCGGUGACAGCGGGAAGGGGAAAGGAGCCAAGAAGAAAGGUUCCUCCUUCCAGACGGUCUCAGCCCUGCACCGGGAGAACCUCAACAAGCUGAUGGCCAACCUCAAGACCACCCACCCCCACUUUGUCCGCUGCCUCGUCCCGAACGAGCGGAAGGAGCCGGGUGUGAUGGACAAUGCCCUGGUCAUGCACCAGCUCCGCUGCAACGGGGUCCUGGAGGGAAUCCGCAUCUGCCGCAAGGGCUUCCCCAACCGCAUCCUCUACGGGGACUUCCGCCAGCGGUACCGCAUCCUGAACCCAGCAGCCAUCCCCGAGGGGCAGUUCAUCGACAGCCGCAAGGGCGCCGAGAAGCUCCUGGGCUCCAUCGACAUCGACCACAACCAGUACAAGUUUGGGCACACCAAGGUCUUCUUCAAGGCAGGGCUCCUGGGCCAGCUGGAGGAGAUGCGUGACGAGCGCCUGUCCCGCAUCAUCACCCGCAUCCAGGCGCGGGCGCGGGGGCAGCUCAUGCGCAUCGAGUUCAAGAAGAUCGUGGAGCGCCGGGACGCACUGCUGGUGAUCCAGUGGAACCUCCGGGCCUUCAUGGGGGUGAAGAACUGGCCGUGGAUGAAGCUCUACUUCAAGAUCAAGCCCUUGCUGAAGAGCGCGGAGACCGAGAAGGAGAUGCAGAACAUGAAGGAGGAGUACGGGCGGCUGAAGGACGCCCUGGAGAAGUCGGAGUCGCGGCGGAAGGAGCUGGAGGAGAAGAUGGUCUCCAUGCUGCAGGAGAAGAACGACCUCCAGCUCCAAGUGCAGGCUGAGCAGGACAACCUGAACGAUGCUGAGGAGCGCUGUGACCAGCUGAUCAAGAACAAGAUCCAGCUGGAGGCCAAGGUGAAGGAGCUGACGGAGAGGCUGGAGGAUGAGGAGGAGAUGAACGCCGAGCUGACAGCCAAGAAGAGGAAGCUGGAGGACGAAUGCUCGGAGCUGAAGAAGGACAUUGAUGACCUGGAGCUGACCCUGGCCAAGGUGGAGAAGGAGAAACACGCGACUGAGAACAAGGUCAAGAACCUGACAGAGGAGAUGGCGGGGCUGGACGAGACCAUCGCCAAGCUGACCAAGGAGAAGAAGGCUCUGCAGGAGUCCCACCAGCAGACGCUGGACGACCUGCAGGCCGAGGAAGACAAGGUCAACACCUUGACUAAGGGCAAAGUCAAGCUGGAACAGCAAGUGGACGACCUCGAAGGCUCCCUGGAGCAGGAGAAGAAGAUCCGGAUGGACCUGGAACGGGCCAAGAGGAAACUGGAAGGUGACCUGAAGCUGACCCAGGAGAACAUCAUGGAUCUGGAGAAUGACAAGCAGCAGCUGGAGGAGAAGCUCAAGAAGAAGGAGUUUGAGAUGCACCAGCAGAACAGCAGGAUCGAGGACGAGCAGGCGCUGGCUCUGCAGCUCCAGAAGAAGCUGAAGGAGCUGCAGGCGCGGAUCGAGGAGCUGGAGGAGGAGCUGGAGGCGGAGCGGACGGGCCGGGCCAAGGUGGAGAAGCAGCGCUCGGAGCUGUCGCGGGAGCUGGAGGAGCUCAGCGAGCGGCUGGAGGAGGCCGGCGGUGCCACCUCGGCGCAGCUGGAGCUCAACAAGAAGCGGGAGGCGGAGUUCCAGAAGCUGCGGCGGGACCUGGAGGAGGCCACGCUGCAGCACGAGGCCACGGCGGCCGCGCUGAGGAAGAAACACGCCGACAGCGUGGCCGAGCUGGGCGAGCAGCUGGACAACCUCCAGCGUGUCAAGCAGAAGCUGGAGAAGGAGAAGAGCGAGCUCAAGCUGGAGCUGGAUGACCUCAGCGCCAACGUGGAGCAGCUGAUCAAGUCUAAGGUGGCCAUGGAGAAGGUGUCGCGCUCCAUGGAGGACCAGGCUGCCGAGCACUUGGCGAAGCUGGAGGAGACCCAACGCGUCCUCAACGACGCCAACACCCAACGCGCCAAGCUGCAGACGGAGAACGGUGAGCUGUCGCGGCAGCUGGAGGAGAAGGAGGCGCUGGUGUCCCAGCUGACCCGCGGGAAGGUGUCCUACACCCAGCAGCUGGAGGACCUGCGGAGACAGCUGGAGGAGGAGAUGAAGGCCAAGAACGCGCUGGCGCACGCGCUGCAGUCGGCCCGGCACGACGGGGACCUGCUGCGGGAGCAGUACGAGGAGGAGACCGAGGCCAAGGCCGAGCUCCAGCGCUCGCUCUCCAAGGCCAACUCCGAGGUGGCCCAGUGGAGGACCAAGUACGAGACAGACGCCAUCCAGCGCACUGAGGAGCUGGAGGAGGCCAAGAAGAAGCUGGCGCAGCGGCUGCAGGAGGCCGAGGAGGCCGUGGAGGCCGUCAACGCCAAAUGCUCCUCGCUGGAGAAGACCAAGCACCGGCUGCAGAACGAGAUCGAGGACCUGAUGGCCGACGUGGAGCGGUCAAACGCGGCUGCCGCCGCCCUGGACAAGAAGCAGAGGAACUUUGACAAGGUGUUGGCCGAGUGGAAGCAGAAGUUCGAGGAGUCGCAGACGGAGCUGGAGGCAUCCCAGAAGGAGGCCAGGGCCCUCAGCACUGACCUCUUCAAGCUGAGGAACAUCUACGAGGAGUCCCUGGAGCACCUGGAGACCUUCAAGAGGGAGAACAAGAAUCUCCAAGAGGAGAUCUCGGACCUCACGGAGCAGCUCGGCGCUGGCAACAAAUCCAUCCACGAGCUGGAGAAGGUCCGGAAACAGCUGGACGCCGAGAAGCUGGAGCUCCAGGCUGCUCUGGAAGAGGCUGAGGCCUCCCUGGAGCACGAGGAGGGGAAGAUCCUGAGGGCGCAGCUGGAGUUCAACCAGGUGAAGGCGGAGUACGAGCGGAAGCUGGGCGAGAAGGAGGAGGAGAUGGAGCAGGUGAAGCGCAACCACCUGCGCGUGGUGGAGUCGCUCCAGACCUCGCUGGACGCCGAGACCCGGAGCCGCAACGAGGCACUGAGGCUGAAGAAGAAGAUGGAGGGCGACCUCAACGAGAUGGAGAUCCAGCUCAGCCACGCCAACCGCGGCGCCAACGAGGCCCAGAAGCAGGUCAAGGCUCUGCAGGGCUACCUGAAGGACACACAGCUGCAGCUGGAUGAUGCGGCAAGGGUCGGGGAGGACCUGAAGGAGAACGUGGCCAUGGUGGAGCGCAGGAACACCCUGCUGCAGUCCGAGCUGGAGGAGCUCCGGGGCCUGGUGGAACAGACCGAGAGGGCCCGGAAAUUGGCCGAGCAGGAGCUGAUCGAGGCCAGCGAGAGGGUCCAGCUCCUCCACUCACAGAACACCAGCCUCAUCAACCAGAAGAAGAAGAUGGAGGGUGACAUCUCCCAGCUGCAGACAGAGGUGGAAGAGGCCGUCCAGGAGUGCCGGAAUGCCGAGGAGAAGGCCAAGAAGGCCAUCACUGACGCGGCCAUGAUGGCGGAGGAGCUGAAGAAGGAGCAGGACACGAGCGCGCACCUGGAGCGGAUGAAGAAGAACAUGGAGCAGACCAUCAAGGACCUGCAGCUGCGGCUGGACGAGGCCGAGCAGCUGGCCCUCAAGGGCGGCAAGAAGCAGCUGCAGAAGCUGGAGGGGCGCGUGCGGGAGCUGGAGAACGAGCUGGAGGCCGAGCAGAAGCGCAACGCCGAGAGCGUCAAGGGGCUGCGCAAGUCCGAGCGGCGCGUCAAGGAGCUCAGCUACCAGACCGAGGAGGACAAGAAGAACCUGCUGCGGCUGCAGGACCUGGUGGACAAGCUGCAGAUGAAAGUCAAGGCCUACAAGAGACAGGCGGAGGAGGCGGAGGAACAGGCCAACACCAACCUGGCCAAGUUCCGGAAGGCGCAGCACGAGCUGGACGAGGCCGAGGAACGCGCCGACAUCGCCGAGUCCCAGGUCAACAAACUGCGGGCCAAGAGCCGCGACAUCGGAGCCAAGAAGCUGCACGAUGAGGAGUGACCCAUCCCCCGAGGGACCCACCAGACCCCCCCCAGCAUGACGAGUGACCCAUCACCACCACGAGGGCCUCCAUGGCCACCACAAGUGACCCACCAUGACGAAGGACCCACCAUGACAAUGGACUGACCAACCAACACCAUGUUGGACCCAUCACCACCAUGGUGGACCCACCACUAAAGACCCAUGAUGAUGAUGAUGAUGGACCCAUGAUGAUGUUCAUGGACCCAACACCACCAUAAUGGACCCAUGAUGAUGAUGAUGGACCCAUCACCAUGAUGGCGUCACCACCUCUGACCCAUGAUGAUGCUCAUGGACCCAUCACCACCAUAAUGGACCCACCAUGAUGAUAGUGAUGAUGAUGAUGAUGAUGGUGAUGAUGAUGGUGAUGGGUCCACCACCAUGAUGAAGUCACCACUUCUGACCCAUCAUGAUCAUGACGGACAAUCAUGAUGCACCCAUGAUGAUGCUCAUGGACCCAUCACCACCAUAUUGGACCCACCAUGAUGAUGAUGAUGAUGAUGGUGGUGGUGGUGGUGAUGAUGAUGAUGAUGAUGAUGAUGGGUCCACCACCGUUAUGGAGUCACCACCUCUGACCCAUGAUGAUGAUGAUGGACCCAUGACGAUGCUCAUGGACCCAUCACCACCAUCAUGGCCCCACCAUGAUGAUGAUGAUGAUGAUGAUGGACCCACCACCAUGAUGGAGUCACCAGCUCUGACCCAUGAUGAUGAUGAUGGACCCAUCACCACCAUAAUGGACCCACCAUGAUGACGAUGAUGAUGAUGAUGAUGAUGGACCCACCACCAUGAUGGAGUCCCCACCUCUGACCCACCAUGAUCAUGAUGGACCACCAUGAUGGACCCAUGAUAAUGCUCAUGGACCCAUCACCACCAUAUUGGACCCACCAUGAUGACAAUGAUGAUGAUAAUGAUAAUGGUGAUGGGUCCACCACCAUGAUGAAGUCACCACUUCUGACCCACCAUGAUCAUGAUGGACCACCAUGAUGGACCCAUGACAAUGUUCAUGGACCCAUCACCACCACAAUGGACCCACCAUGAUGAUGAUGAUGAUGAUGAUGAUGAUGAUGAUGAUGAUGAUGAUGAUGGAAUCGCCACCAUGAUGGAAUCACCACCUCUGACCCAUGAUGAUGAUGGACCCAUGAUGAUGCUCAUGGACCCAACACCACCAUAAUGGACCCAUGAUGAUGAUGAUGGACCCAUCACCAUGAUGGCGUCACCACCUCUGACCCAUGAUGAUGCUCAUGGACCCAUCACCACCAUAAUGGACCCACCAUGAUGAUAGUGAUGAUGAUGAUGAUGAUGGUGAUGAUGAUGGUGAUGGGUCCACCACCAUGAUGAAGUCACCACUUCUGACCCAUCAUGAUCAUGACGGACAAUCAUGAUGGACCCAUGAUGAUGCUCAUGGACCCAUCACCACCAUAUUGGACCCACCAUGAUGAUGAUGAUGAUGAUGGUGGUGGUGGUGAUGAUGAUGAUGAUGAUGAUGGGUCCACCACCGUUAUGGAGUCACCACCUCUGACCCAUGAUGAUGAUGAUGGACCCAUGAUGAUGCUCAUGGACCCAUCACCACCAUCAUGGACCCACCAUGAUGAUGAUGAUGAUAAUGAUGAUGAUGGAGUCACCACCAUGAUGGAAUCACCACCUCUGACGCAUGAUGAUGAUGAUGGACCCAUGAUGAUGCUCAUGGACCCAUCACCACCAUAAUGGACCCACCAUGAUGACGAUGAUGAUGAUGAUGAUGAUGGACCCACCACCAUGAUGGAGUCCCCACCUCUGACCCACCAUGAUCAUGAUGGACCACCAUGAUGGACCCAUGAUGAUGCUCAUGGACCCAUCACCACCAUAUUGGACCCACCAUGAUGACAAUGAUGAUGAUGAUGAUAAUGGUGAUGGGUCCACCACCAUGAUGGAGUCACCAUCUCUGACCCAUGAUGAUCAUGAUGGACAACCAUAAUGGACCCAUGAUGAUGCUCAUGGACCCAUCACCACCAUAUUGGAUCCACCAUGAUGAUGAUGAUGAUGAUGAUGGAGUCACCACCAUGAUGGAAUCACCAGCUCUGACCCAUGAUGAUGAUGAUGGACCCAUCACCACCAUAUUGGCCCCACCAUGAUGAUGAUGAUGAUGAUGAUGAUGAUGGUGAUGAUGAUGAUGAUGGGUCCACCACCAUGAUGGAGUCACCACUUCUGACCCACCAUGAUCAUGACGGACCACCAUAAUGGACCCAUGACAAUGCUCGUGGACCCAUCACCACCAUACUGGACCCACCAUGAUGAUGAUGAUGAUGAUGAUGAUGAUGGACCCACCACCAUGAUGGAAUCACCACCUCUGACCCAUGAUGAUGAUGAUGGACCCAUGACGAUGCUCAUGGACCCAUCACCACCAUAAUGGCCCCACCAUGACGAUGAUGAUGAUGAUGAUGAUGGACCCACCACCAUGAUGGAAUCACCACCUCUGACCCAUGAUGAUGAUGAUGGACCCAUGAUGAUGCUCAUGGACCCAUCACCACCAUAAUGGCCCCACCAUGAUGAUGAUGAUGAUGAUGAUGGACCCACCACCAUGAUGGAAUCACCACCUCUGACCCAUGAUGAUGAUGAUGGACCCAUGACGAUGUUCAUGGACCCAUCACCACCAAAAUGGACCCAUCGUGAUGAUGGUGAUGAUGAUGAUGGGACCACCACCAUGAGUGACCCCCACCCCCACCACUGACACCCUCCACCCCCCGUCCAAGACGAGGGGACCCCACCGCCAUCAUUAAUUAAUUAACGAGCCACAGAAGGGACACAAUGUCCCCUCGGCCACCCCGCCCCACAAACACGACCCUGAGCAGCA